AACAAUGUUGAAGCUAUUCCAGCGUAAACAAUCGUCAUGUCUUUGCACCAAAUACCCUUCAAAUCUUUGUAAAAUACCAUCAUUCUCAUCAUCAUCAUCUCAUCGUCUGAAUCUGACAAAGGAUAUCCUCAAUACCCGAAACCCUCAACAAGCUCUCAAGCUUUUCAAUUCUAAUGCCAAUCUCUUAAACCCUUUGAAGAAUCUCGAGCCUUAUUCAGCCAUGAUUCAUGUCUUGACUGGUGCUGGACUUUACGCGGACGCCAGGUGUUUGAUAAAAUUCCUACUCGAAGCCCUCCAAAGCUCUUUGAAACCCUACCGUGCUUGCCCCUUGAUUUUCAACGCCCUUAACAGAUUACAAACCUCAAAAUUCACUCCCAAUGUGUUUGGAUCCAUAAUCAUUGCAUUUUCCCAGAUGGGUUUAAUCGACGAUGCAUUGUGGGUUUAUAGAAAUAUCAAAACUUUCCCUCAAAUGCAGGCUUGUAAUGCACUUUUACAUGGAUUAGUUAAGUUGGGCAGGUUUAACUCGAUGUGGGAUCUUUAUAAGGAAUUUCUUUCACGGGGGUUUUUGCCUAAUGUUGGCACUUAUGGGGUGUUGAUAAAUUGUUGUUGUUAUCAAGGUGAUGUUUUGAAGGCACGCGACUUGUUUUACGAUCUGUUGAUGAAAGGAUUUCCACCCAAUGUUGUCAUCUACACGACUGUCAUAAAGUUUAUUUGUAAUGAAGGUAAGAUGCUGGAGGCAGAAUGCAUGUUUAGAUUGGUGAAAGAGUGGCAUUCCCUUCCAAAUUUGUACACUUAUAAUGUUUUGAUGAAUGGAUAUUUCAAGAUGAACAACGUCAAACGAGCCUUUGAAAUAUACCAGACGAUGAUUACUGAUGGUUUGGUGCCAAAUAUUGUUACUUACGGUAUCCUGAUUGAUGGACUUUGCAAGAUGGAUGAAUUGAUAGUAGCAAGGAGUUAUUUGGUUUGUAUGCUUAAGUAUGGUGUUUUGCCCAACAUUUUUGCAUACAAUUGCUUGAUUGAUGGCUACUGUAGGGCAGACAAUGUAUCUGAAGCAGUGGAGUUGAUCUCAGAAAUGGAGAAGAUGAAAAUUUUGCCUGAUGUUUUUACAUAUAGUAUACUAAUUAAGGGUCUUUGUAGUGUUGGAAAAGUGGACGAAGCGAGCUUUUUAUUGCAGAAAAUGAAGAAAGGUGGAGUUUUAGCUAAUUCUGUGACUUACAAUUCCCUGAUUGAUGGGUACUGCAAAGUAGGGAACAUGGAGAAAGCUUUGCAGAUAUGCUCUCAAAUGACUGAAAAUGGUAUAGAACCGAAUGUCAUAACUUUCUCUACAUUGAUUGACGGUUAUUGCAAGACUGGAAACAUGGAAGCUGCCAUGGGUUUUUACUCCGAAAUGAUUAUCAAAGGUCUUGUUCCGGAUGUGGUGGUGUACACAGCUUUGAUUAAUGGAUAUUGUAAAAAUGGUAUUAUUAAGGAGGCAUUCCGGGUGUUUAAGGACAUGCUGGAAUCAGGAUUAAUGCCCAAUUCUUUCACGUUAAGUAGUUUAAUCGACGGCCUUUGCAAGGAUGGAAGAGUUUCGGAGGCUUUCAGCUUUUUGUUGGAGAAGACUAGAGCUGGUAUCAGCGAAAACGAAACUGAUGGCUUGUUUUGCUCCCCAAAUCAUGUGAUGUAUACAAGCUUGAUUCAGGCAAUGUGCAAGGAGGGACAGGUAUUUGAAGCAAGUAAAAUUUUCUCAGAUUUGAGAUGCAGCGGUUUGAUGGUAGAUGCAACCGCGUACAUUGUCAUGUUAGAGGGCCAUUUUCGAGCAAAGCAUAUGAUCGAUGUGAUGAUGUUGCACGCAGAUAUGAUAAAGAUGGGAGUCAUGCCAAGCAUUGCCAUCAACAUUAUCAUAGCCAGGGGAUAUCAAGAGAUUGGAGACUUGGGAUCAGCUCUAAGAUGCUCUGAGGAUCUAGCAUUUCAGAGGAAUCUAGGUGACCAAAAACAACCUAACUAUACAGUUAAUAAGGACAGUAGAAUGAGUUUGUGAUUAGAGAUUGACUGUUUGGCGGGUGAAUU